CAUCGAUGGCGUGACAACACUGAAGGAUGGAGCGAGGAAAUGACUUAGCUUCCUUUCAGCGUUUCUUGGAUAAAUUCUGUCAAACUAUUGCUGAUGAAGGUGAAAGUGAAGACCUCCCAAUACGUCUGUCCAAUCAUCGUUUGCUGACCGACGAGAUAGAAGGCGAAUGUCUUGAAUGGAGUGUCCGUUACUUGGAGCCACGAAAAUGUCCGCCAACUCUUGCGGCUGCACUAGGCCGAGCUGUCGUCGAAGAGAUUCUCAAGUCAGACCUUACAGACUACGAGGAGGAUGUGCCGAGUUCUGGGCAGGGUGAAGAAAAUAAUGGGCAGACAACUGAGAUUAUAAAGAAGGAUCCACCCACAGUACUUGAAGCCCAGAUCUUGUGUACGCACACAAUUGAAGUACUACACGACAUCUGUAAAAAAUGGCGCGAAAAUCUGCCUCAUUUGUCUCCCCCUCCCAAAGUGUCCAAAUCCUACCUCCACGAAAUCAAGAAUACUCGACGAAAAAUGGAAGAUCGUCAUGUGAUAUUGCCUGACCUCAAUUCAUUGUUCAAUUUGAAGGACCAGCCUCCACAGUCAUAUUAUGCAGUUUUUGACGGCCACGCGGGAGUGGAGGCGGCCACCUACGCAGCCACACACUUACAUUGCCACCUUGUCCGCUGUGAAGAGUUCCAGAAAAAUCCUGCGGGCGCCCUCAAAUGUGCUUACAAGGGUACAGAUGAAAAGUAUCUACUAAAGGCUGAGAGGGAGAAGCUGAAGAGUGGAUCUACGGGUGUGUCUAUUUUGAUCAGGGAAAACAAAUUACAUCUGGCCUGGCUAGGGGACUCGCAGGCCAUGCUUGUAAAGAACGGGGAGGCUGUGGUGUUGAUGGACCCACACAAACCAGAGAGAGAGGAUGAGCGCAGGCGGAUAGAGGCCGCAGGUGGCUGUGUGUUGUUUAUGGGGACGUGGCGAGUCAAUGGGAAUCUGGCUGUAUCACGAGCCAUAGGUGAUGCAGCCCAUAAGAAAUUCAUUAUCAGUGAUGCGGACACGACCAGUGUUUCCCUAGACGGCACUGAGGAUUACAUAGUGUUAGCUUGUGAUGGACUCUGGGACGUAUUGACACCAAAUGGAGUUCCUAAACUAGUGUAUGAUUUUCUCCAGGAUUCCAAGGGAGAUAAAUCUUGUGUGGCCCAGAAACUGGUGAAUUGGGCUAAAGAAAACGGAUCUACAGAUAACAUAACCGUUAUUGUUGUUUUUCUCAGGGAUGACAUUGCAGAACCACACGUGACACAAAUGUUCAAAUUCGGCCAAUCAGAAUCUCAGGGAAAUGAUGAUUUUGUACAGGAAGAUAGUACGAAGGGAGGUAACUCCCAAGAUCAAAAUAAAAACAAUACUAACCAUAAUGACAUGUCAGGUGGGACUUCAAAUGGAAAUACCGAUGGCAUUGACUCGUCACAACAUGGUAAUGACCAUUCUACCGACCCACUGGACCAUGAUGAGUUUAGUAUACAAAAGGUUCUCAAUGAAACGACAGACUCCAUCAACAAUCAUUUCCCACUACCUAAAGACCAUAUCCUCCGUAAAGAUCCAGUGUUUAUAGUGGACCACCCAAAAACUGUCGCAACACCCAAACCUAAUGAUAUACGAUCAGCGAGUAUGCCAGAGAGAACACUUGACAAAAACUCAUCUUACUUUCAGCACAUUCCGAAAGUAGACCAUGCAGCCGUUCAGCUACAGCAUCUUCCUCACUGGGAGGUCCGUGAACCUCUAUCUCACCGCGAGCCGUUGUCUAAGGAGGGUGUGGAGCACCGCCAGUAUCGUCAUCUCCCUGUCUCCCAUCGUGAACCUCUCACACACCACCAGGACCUGGAGCCCCUCAGGGACCUCAGACUUAAGGUCAAGAAAAAGGCCAAAAAACCUAAGAAAGAGCAUUCUAAUAGGGAUUCAACUUUAAACGCAUUAAAGAAAGUGAGCAAACGUCACAAUCACUCAGAUCCAGUUAUUUGGGCAUUUACAGGCAAGAGUCGAGCCCCUUUACCCAACUACAAACUUAAUUUGACAAAGUCAACACAAUUUUCUUCCCCAAAGCGUGUUGCCUUGGCGACUGUUUACCCAAACUCAUUAUCACAGGAUUCGCCAUUACUGCCGCCAGAUCAUCCAGCAAAUUCUGUGUCUGAUUUCCUUGUGGAUAAAAUGUUACGGUCUAAGCCACAUACACUAGACACAAUUAGAAACAGGGAGAAUAUCCCUAACCCUGUGUUUGAUCUUCCUCUAUCAACCUUCACAAACUCAGCUUCCCAAACAAGCACUACCUCCAUGGCACAGCACCCGAUGUCCAUGCUCGUCGGCAAGACCAAUAAUGUUACAGGCGAGGAUGCUAUCAAGGCAAGGAACUUUCACACAUCGUGGCGACCGCGCAAGACUUCAAAGCUUCAUAGUAGUGUCUCCUGGGAAGUUCCUCCAACGCCGUUGAGUAAUGUAAAAAUUCUUCCCAGUCUCGAUGACUGAACACAUGCCUUAGUGCUGUACGCCUUACCUACAAAUUCAUUUUUUAAAACGGGUCAUUUUUGUUUUGGUAAUCUUUGUUGUACAUGUUAUCGCGUUAUCCUUGCAUGGUGACACAUUUAUGUCGGUAUUGAUAUCGUUGAAUACACAUUUUGAAUCUUGUAUCCUACGUUACACAUGUGAGCACUGGUAUCCAUAGAUACAUGUGUAAACAUUGAAGACUUGGUACAUAUUGACACUGGUAACGCAAGCUACAGGUUUUGAAAUCGGUGUCUAGUUACAAAAUUCAUGCUGAUAUUGGUAUCUUUGACACUGGUAUCCAUGGUUACAAAUUGACACUUGUGUCCAGGUAAACAACAGCCAAUGAGAUGACAAUAGGUGUGACUUGUUGUCAAGACCUGGUUGCCAACAGCCAAUCGGAUGGCAAGGAUACCUGCGAGGUGUGGCCUGUGUUAGGCUUACACCAGCCCAUUAUAUGACAUGGAUAGCUGACUAUUAGGAAGUGACCAUAUUAUUGUUUUACAUGAUUGCUUCCUUAUAAAAAAAUGUUUUUUGAUAAUCAACUUUCAUGAAUUGUACACAAUGAUGCUGCCUGUCUGUCCAAAUAGUACUUAAACAUUGAAACAAUUCACUUCAGGGUUUGUUUUAAUUCCUUGUUAAAAUUGAUAUCACUAUUACUGAAAAUCAUUAUCUAUAUACCAAAUUUGUUUUCAACCAAAUAUAUAUUUUUUGCAUCACAAUUUUUUUCCACUUUUUUUUCGUAAUCAUCAAUUUCACAAGUUGUUUGUCUUCGAUAAUGUACAUAAGUAAAUUGUAAUGCACAUGGUAACUUUCCAACAUUGUUAUGUCACAAAUAGUGCUAACCUCAAGUAUGAGUAAUUCUUCAUAAUCCUACUUCAUAUAUCAGAUUAACGUUGUAUUCCUCUUGACUGAUAUGUUUUCAGUUAUAUAUGUAUAAGUUAUUACUGCAAUCAUUACGACUUCUAUCCUUGUUAUUAAUCAGAUAACUAUUUUACACUUCUCACGAUAAUCAGCGUAUAUUUGUGUAACAGUGUAUGCCACUACAUAUCUUUAUUGUAUUAUUUUAUUGUAUGAUUUGUUUCCAAUGUAAACCAAAUACACCGCCAUACUUUACUGUGUAACUUUAUAACAAUUUUCUUGUUUUCUAUUUUUGAUAUAAUUUUCAUAGACAAAGUGCAUAGCUUACAGCUAUACCUCAUCUUGUUUACUGGGACAAUUGUUUGUGUCCAUAUACAAAUAUGUGUACGCCUCUACAAAUAUAGGAGCAGGGAACAUAGGAUUACUCCUUACUUCUGUAUAUAGGAGCAGGGAACAUAGGAUUACACCUUCCUUCUGUAUAUAGGAGCAGGGAACAUAGGAUUAAGGCUUUAAUUCCGUAUAUAGGAGCAGGGAACAUAGGAUUACUCCUUACUUCUGUAUAUAGGAGGAGGGAACAUAGGAUUACACCUUACGUCUGUAUAUAGGAGCAAGGAACAUAGGAUUACACCUUACCUCUGUAUAUAGGAGCAGGGAACAUAGGAUUACGUCUUACUUCUGUAUAUAGGAGCAGGGAACAUAGGAUUAAGGCUUUAAUUCCGUAUAUAGGAGCAGGGAACAUAGGAUUACACCUUACCUCUGUAUAUAGGAGCAGGGAACAUAGGAUUACGUCUUACUUCUGUAUAUAGGAGCAGGGAACAUAGGAGUACACCUUACUUCUUUAUAUAGGAGCAGGGAACAUAGGAUUACACCUUCCUUCUGUAUAUAGGAGCAGGGAACAUAGGAUUAAGGCUUUAAUUCCGUAUAUAGGAGCAGGGAACAUAGGAUUACACCUUACGUCUGUAUA